ACCGCCAAAGUUGUUUUGAAAUUGUUUGCAAAUCUGGAUAUAAAAGAGGAAAUCAUGAUAACCGCCUCGGAACCGCUGGAAUAUAUUCCGCGCGGCCGUCAUCCGAUGAGCUAUCACCCGGGUCCGCUGAAAAAAGAGAAACCACCACAGUCGUUGCCGGAAGAGAUGCUACUAUUGCAGCGCAUGCAAAAUGUGACCAUAUCGCCAGGCAGGGAAGAUCCGACCGAGUUCUACAGCCUACGCGAAGUAGCUAUUGAAGAGGUCACCGAUUGCCACGCUCUCAUGCCAUACGUGUGCACGGAGGAAGAGCUCUACGUUCAGGGUCAUACGGCCGUGUGGUCCCAUUCGCUUGGCAGUUCACCGACCAGCCAGCCAUUCACGGCGUUCUCCAUCGAACGGCCCAUCAAGUAUGCAUUUUUCUGUCCUCGCCGCUUCCUUGAGCCGGACACGAUGGCACCCGGGCAGCGGUUGGAUCGCGAUGGUAUCUGCGUCGUUGACGACGAGGUACUACAGGUGUACUGCUCGAACGGCGAUACAUACGGCGCAAAGCUUGAGUGUCCGAUUUCUGCCAUCUGGCCCACACCAUACGGGCUCCUGCUCGAGAAAGAUCCGGCCCGCUCGCUCGUACUCGAUACACCGAUGCCGCGGGUCUUCACGCUACCAUACCCAACGGACGAGAUGAAACCUGCCCUGCUCGUUUCCACCGAUAUGUUCGUGUCCUGUGACUAUCUGACCCGUUCCGACCACCGGGUGGUGUUCGCCUGCGAGCAGAUCAAUCUGGUGGUGCUCUAUGAUCAACACGAGCGGCGACAUUUCCUGUGCUGGUUGCGCCUAGCCACUGACGAGGAAAAGGAUCAGGUACAGCAAACGUUGGACGCGUGUGAAGAUGGCGAUAACGACGGCGGUGUCGUCGAUGAGGAUGAGCAGUACAAUAUGAUGUUCGGUGACGAUGGUGUGAUGAACGAGUAUCCUUCGUACUUCAAAAGGCAGAGCAAUGUCGGACCUUCCACAUCUUGCCUCCCACACGUACCUCCCAGCCGAACGUCACCGUUGCCUCCGUUCGAUCGAUUUCCACCCGAAUUCGUCACGGAAGCGGACGGUACGGGUAAUAAUGCGCAUAUUUCUAAACCGACGGCGGCCGAGGAAUUUCAUAAGGGUCUCGGAUCCGCGGCCGACAACUGGGAGUCUCUGUUCGGAUCGGAACCAUUCGAAACGUGCAACAUUCGGCAGAUGGGAUUCGCUGAGCCCUGGAUGCCGAUCGUGCCGGAGUACAGCUUAGAGUCCAUCUGGAAAGAGCCAUCCAACGUCGGAGCGCAAGCGAGGCGUUCGAGUGAUGCAACGUGGUCUGGCACGUCGAAAGGUGAAAUGGCAACCGUUGGCUUCCUUCACACCGAUCUCGUUGGCAGCCGCUACAUAUGUUUCCUGCAGCCUGAUAUUACUCGCCUCUUGCUGGUGCAGUUCAAAAAGGAAACCAAACCGGAGACCGCCGAAUGUUUUGCCCUUGCUGCCUGCGCUGCUGUUUCGCUCGAGCGGCUUAAUCUGUUCGCACUGCUUGAUCCGACCGGUAAGCUGAUGUUGUACAGUGGACCACUGCUCGUGGGCAAGGUUCACGUUUCCGGUCUGCUGCAAACCAGCUUCCUUUCGUCGACCGGCAGCUCCUUGUCGGGCACAUCUUCGCUGCGUGGCACCAGCUCGACCUGGAAGCGCAGCAGUCUGCUACCGAAUGUCGCGCCAUACGACAGCAAGUUCGAGGAGGAGCUACAUCUGCUGUCCCCAGUGCGUGGUGUUCCCGGUGGCGUGGAAGGAAAGGUGCGAUCCGACGUGGCACUGCUUGACGGCACCGGGACGCGCUUCACCAUCGCUUUCGGUGGUGGCAUAACCGAUGCCAGCGGUAAUGGACGCUCGUUUCGGGUGAUUCUUCCACCGCUGGCCGACUCCCAGCUGGUGCGCCGCUGUCUGGUCGCGCUUCAGCACGCCUUGCCGAAAAAGACGGCACACCAAUUCCUCAUUCGUUGGUACGGUACGCGCAACGUGCCCGGUACGCAUGCCGGCUUCAGUAUUCCCCAGGAGUGGACCAUGCUCCAGUCGUUGCUACUGUCCGCCAUGGGCCGCCCGACCACUGGCGACAUUGGCUGCACUAAUCCCGAGCGACCGUGUCCAUCGUCCGAGCCGAGUCCAUCGUUCGUCUGCUCGCUCAAGAAACGUCGCAAGCGCGAGAAUACCGUAGGAACUGAUGCCGACUGGGAAUAUCUACUGGAGAGUCUGGCACAAGGCGAACGGAUCGCGGCCGCACCGAAGGAUGGCACAGUAAACAGUUCCUACAAAGAUCCCAAUGUCUCGCACAGUCUCUACAAUUACAUCCCGCAGGUGCUGGAAGUGUUGCACUUGCUGUACGAAGACUUCAAGCUCGAUACGGGCUUAGCCCAGGAGCUACGGCUGCUUGGCGAUUUCCUGUACAUCGUUGCGAAGGACGCGCACGCCAGCAACUAUGAGCAGCAUUACUUCCUCGACUUUCCCGAACUGUGCGACCAGUACCGGACAAACGCGUACCAACUGAAAGACGCAACGCUGGUCAACGCAAUCAAGGAGAACUCAGUUCGCCUUCCGCACAUCUUCCGCUACCUCAAGGCAAUCGUUCAGGCCCGGCCCGAGCUGAGCGGGAUGCAGCGACAGGGUUCGCGGACGGAGUUUGUACCGUAUCCGCACAUUGCCGGCAUCAACGAUCGGUCCCGUGAUGUGACCGUCCUCGUUGCGCUUAUGUUCCGCGAGCGACGUCUAACGCCAUGGGUGCAACGUCAACUGGAUGCACUCUUCACGGCCGAACUCUUCGAGGCACGUCUGUUGAAACCGCUGCUGAUGGGCUCGAAAGCCUCCGAACCAGGACGAUGCGACGUAUUCGGCAACACGGUGCUUCAUUUUCUGAUCGAACAGGGUUACACGCGCCAGGUGUUGAGCGAUCUUCCACUGGCGGUACAUUUUCUUUUGCAGCAAAUGCUUGAGCCGCUGCGCCAGUCUACGGUGCACGGACAUGAUGCGGCGGUGUACAGUUUGCUGCUCCGACCGGAGCUACACGAGCACGCGGUGUCGGCAGGUGUGGCCUGCAGCGGGUCGCUAGUCAGUCACAGCGAGCGACGUGUCGUCGACCGGGAACGCAACGGCGAGCGGCGUGAUCAGUGGUUCACCGACAUGGCCGAGUUUGAUGCGCUGACUGGCGUCGUUAGUACCAAGGAGGAUCCACAGAAGCUGGAGCGUGAAGACGGAAUGGAUAACCUAGACGUGGAGCUACUACAGCUGCGUUUCCCAUACGAUCAGCGCAUCGGAGACGUGCGCUCUUUCCUGACCAGCUCGGCUCGCGUCCUUAUCGACAUCCCGCAGGGUCCAAACGUGUCCGAUCACGACUUCAUUGAGGAGCAGGAGCGGCGACUGUAUUCCCUCUGUCUGCGCACGAUGGCGCUCCCGAUCGGGCGCGGUAUGUUUACCUUUUCCACGUGCUACCAGGGUGAGACGGAGUUGGCGCACAUCCCUCGCCUCUGCCUUACCGGUCGCGAGCCACUCCGGGGUGCCACCAUCGAGGUGGUGCAGCUUGAAGUACCGGCGCACAUGAACCUGUGGCCAACGUUCCACAACGGAGUUGCAGCUGGGCUUCGCAUCUGCCCCGAUACUCCACACCUGUCGUCCAGCUGGAUCAAGAACAACAAGCAUGCGAGCAAGCGUACCCCACCCGCCGGCAACAAUUGUCCCUUUUUCCCCGGCUCCGAGGCGAUGGUCGAGCAUGGUGGAUUCCUACUGGCACUCGGCCUCACCGGGCACCUGCGCAAGCUGUCCAUGUACAACGUGUUCGACUAUCUGGUGCGCAGCAACGAGCUGAUGCGCAUCGGGACGCUGUUGGGUUUGGCGGCCGCCUACCGUGGAACUGAGCACACACGCACGACUUGUGUACUGGCGGUGCAUGUUGAGGCCCUUCUGCCACCUACCGCCAUCGAGCUCGACGUUACCAGCACGCUGCAGGUUGCAGCUCUGUUUGGUAUCGGGCUCGUCUUCCAGGGUACCGCCAAGCGCCACAUCGCCCAGGUGCUGCUGCAGGAGAUCGGUCGCCCGCCCGGUCCCGAAAUGGAGAACGCGGUGGAUCGCGAAUCAUACGCGUUGGCGGCCGGGCUCGCCCUCGGUAUGGUUACGCUUGGCCGUGGUGAGCAGUUGGCCGGCUUGCGCGAUUUGGCCAUCCCGGGCGAGCUCUAUCACUACAUGAACGGCGGAACGCGCCGAAUGACACUCGGUGCUCAGCGCGAGAAGUACAAAUUGCCCUCGUUCCAGAUCUGCGAAGGGGACGAGGUGAACUUGGACGUCACGGCGCCAGGGGCUACCCUUGCGCUGGGGCUUAUGUUCUUCGACACGAGCGACCCGACGAUUUCCGGUUGGCUGCAACCACCGGACACCAAGUAUCUGUUCGGGUUCGUACGUCCGGAUCUGCUGCUCCUGCGUGUCAUUGCCCGCCACCUAAUCUGCUGGCGCGAGGUACAACCGACACAAUCCUGGGUGGCGGACCAGUUACCACAAAUCCUUGUGGAUGCGGUCGCGUAUGUCGAGGGUGGAGAAGAGGAACGGUCACAAUUUCAGGUUGACCAGAAGCCCAACAUUCCCCGGGUUGAGCGGGAAUUGUACUGUCAGGCGCAUUCGGCCAUCGUUUGUGGCAGUGUGGUCGGAAUCGGGUUGCGAUUUGCCGGUACUGCCGAUCCGGUUGCGGCCACCACACUUUACCAUUACCUGCGAUACUUCAUCGAUCUGCGGCACCCGAAACCGAAGGACGCCAAUACGCCCGCCGGCACCAGGACACGCAAUCUCGCCAAGUUCAUCGGCGGACAGGUGCUGGAAAACUGCAUGCUCAUGACGCUGCUUGCUCUCUCGCUCGUACUCGCCGGUACCGGGGAUGUGCGGGUGCUGCGCGCCGUGCGCAUGUUACGCUCGCGCGUUGGCAUACCGGGCGUAACGUACGGUUCGCAUAUGGCGGUCCAUAUGGCACUCGGGUUCGCGUAUCUCGGCGGUGGGCGGUACACGCUCUCGCGCUCACCACCCGCAAUCGCCGCCAUCGUGUGCGCCAUCUUUCCCAAGUUCCCGGUGUACAGUAAUGAUAACCGCUACCACCUUCAGGCCCUUCGGCAUCUGUACGUGUUGGCGGUCGAACCGCGACUGUUCGUACCCCGGCGCAUCGAUACCGGCAAACUGACGCAGUGUCAGAUCCGGUUUGCCACGCGCCACAGCCCGACGUCAUCGCAGACGAUCGAGACGCGCCUGUCGCCCUGUAUGCUGCCCGAGCUUCACACCCUCGAAUGGGUCGAGGUGUGCGACGAGAACUUUUACCCCAUUCGCUUCAACGCGCAGAACUGGAACAUGCUUGAAACAAUCAUGGCCAAACGAGGCUACAUCGAUGUGGUGCAGCACGUCGGUUGCCUUUCGUACUUGGAAGAUCCCACCCGAACGGUCACGAUGCACCUGCAGAACCUGCCAGGCAGAGAGAACAGCACGUGGGCCGUUAUGGCCGAACUGCUGCUCGAGCUUCCAUCGCAGCCGAUGAUAGUCCGACUGGCGCAGACGUUGCUGCUUCCGCCACAACGCUAUCUACUCCGCGCCGCAAUAGAACCGAAGAAGAACCUACCGGAUGCGAAUCGAGCACUCGAAUACUUCCAGGCGGUGGUAGCGCACUGUGUGACGCGCGAUCGCUUCCACGUUAUUCCUAUCUUGUUCGAUCUGACUUAUUUGCUGCUCGAUCCACACAACUACAAAGCGCAGCUACCGACAGAUACGUGGUCCCUGGAGCUUUUCAAAGCUAUCCUCUCCCGAACGAUCCCAAUGCUCACCGAAGAAGGCGAGGUGUUGCCAGGCAAGCUUCUUCGCUCACUAGUGCUGGCUGCCCAUGGAAAAUGGACCGGAAAUCUGCAGCACUACCGGACGGUGCUGCUGAACUUGUGUGGCAUCUUUUUCGCACGCAAUACACCACUGUUCGAUCGGAUGUCCGAGCUCUCGCUGGACACUGACGAUAAAGAAAAGAUGGAUGACGCCAUCGGUGGCAACUGGCCCAAAGUGAAUCGGCGGACCAGCAUCCUGACCAAUGUGGCACGAAUGGCCGUGCAGUACGAGCUGCCGCUGGACGAGAUUGACCGCGAGCUGCUGGGAUCUCUCUGGCCGCAGGAUGAACCAUCCCGAUCAGAGUUUGUCACCGCGCUGGCGAUUCGGCAUCCCGAGCUGUCUGCACGGACCACUAUGUGCCUUGCCGAUCUACUCAACCUAAGACAAUCUGCUAAACCCACGGGAGAUCAAAAGUAAGGUUCGAAGAAACAACAAAUCGAUGCGAUGGGCAGACUAAUCAUCUACUGUCUGCCAGAAAGAAGAAUUAGCUAUAAUUGAUUGCCAAUUAUUGAUUGGCGAUCAUAUAACGGUUGGACUAUUGUUACGAAAUAUGUAAAUACGAUCAUGUAAAUAGUAAAAUUGUAUGAGAUGAUCACAUGCGGAGAAGUAUAAUACGAAAAUCAAAACAUUUUCAAUCCUACAUUUUGGAAGCCAUGUGUUCGGAUUGAACGUAGCUGAACAAUAGGAAGUAAUUUAUCAUUAAUCUGAGCAUUUGAUGAAACAUUACUAUUAUUCGUCUAAUAAUGGAAAGAAUUAAAAAGUUUGUUUUUAUUUAAAUUGUUCUGCGUGAUAAUGUA